GGCAGCGCUCCAACUCGCUCCUCGCUCCGGGCUCCGCCGUCGAGCCGGGAGAGCGCCUCCGCCAGCAUCCAGGCUCCGGGCCUGAGGACGCCAGCGACCCGGGCCCCUCGGCGGCACCGCGCUCACCCAGGGGCGGCACAGGCACCCAGAGCCGAACUCCAAGAUGGGAGGCAAGCUGAGCAAGAAGAAGAAGGGCUACAAUGUGAACGACGAGAAAGCCAAGGACAAGGACAAGAAGGCUGAAGGCGCGGGCACCGAGGAGGAGGGGACCCCGAAGGAGAGCGAGCCCCAGGCGGCGGCCGACGCGGCGGAGGCCAAGGCGCCGGCGGAGGAGAAGGCGGACAAGGACGCGCCGGACGCGGCCGACGGCCAGGCCAAGGUGGAGGAGAAGGAGGGCGAGCCGGCGGCCAAGGAGGAGGCGCCCAAGGCCGAGGCCGAGAAGAGCGAGGGCGCCGCGGAGGAGCAGCCCGAGCCCGCGCAGGCGCCCGCGCAGGAGGCGGCCGGCCCCGGCCCCGGCCCCGCUGCGGGCGGCGAGGCCCCCAAAGCCGGCGAGGGCGGCGCGGAGAGCACGGCGCCCGGCGCGGGGGAUGGCCCGAGCAAGGAGGAAGGGGACCCCAAAAAGACUGAGGCUCCCGCAGCAGCUCCUGCCGCCCAGGAAACGAAAAGUGAGGGGGCCCCAGCUUCAGACUCAAAACCUAGCAGCGCCGAGGCCGCCGCCUCCUCCAAGGAGCCCCCCGCAGCCUCGGAAGCGCCCAGUUCCACAGCCAAGGCCCAGGCGCCCGCGGCCCCCGCAGAGGAGCUCAAACCGGCCGACGCCCCGGCAGCCACCUCCGAGCAAACCGUGGCCCUCAAAGAGUGACAGGGACAGCCUAGGGAAGCGACACCACUUGCAAACAAUCUCUCUCUUCUCUCUCUGUCUCUCACGCUCGCUCUCUGUCUCUCACUGUCUUCUCUGUCUCUAUCCUAUACUAACUUGUUUCAAAUUGGAAGUGAGGAUAUGUAUUGCCCAAGGGGGUUAAGAGGAUGUGUCCCAUCUAG